GUCUUGUUCGCUUGGAUGGCUCUAAGCUGGAGGUGGGGGACAGGGUGGUGUGUGACAACCACAAAGCCACUAUCCGCUUCAUCGGUCAGGUACCACCAACCAAAGGUAUAUGGCUGGGAGUGGAAUGGGAUGACCCUAGCCGAGGCAGACAUGAUGGCUGUCAUGAGGGAGUUCGAUACUUUCAAACGAGUCAUCCCAAGUCUGGGUCUUUUGUUCGACCAACAAAAGUUGACGGAGGCAUCACGGCCCUCAGGGCUGUCAAUGAGAGGUAUGGCCUGAAGAAUGACGCUGAGGCUGGCGUGAAAACGGAGGAGUUGUUUGUGCUUGACCAGUAUCUGAAUCCUGUUGUGGUGGAGAUGGUUGGGGCCAAGAAAGUCAAUAUGCUUCAGAGCCAGUUCAACAAACUGAAGAAAAUCUCAAUGUUUGACAUGAAAGUCUACGCUGCUGGUCCGGAGGGUGAACUGGGUCGUCUUUGUCCAAACGUGACAGACCUGGACGUGUCAUCAUGUUUGUUUUCUUCAUGGGAACGUGUGUCGGAACUCACCUGCCAGAUGUCUCAUUUGAAAGAUCUGAAUGUUAGUGAAAACCGACUUCUCAUUCCAAAGGACCCAACCUCGUUAUCUCCCAGCUUUGCCAGAGUGCAGAAUCUCACCCUGAACCAAAUGAACAUCACUUGGAAGGAAGUGCUGGCCAUCUGUUCCAUGUUCCCUGCGCUGGAAGAGCUUCACUGUUCCUUCAACAAUAUAGUCUACUUUGCUGAUGCCUCUAGUGAGCUCAAGGGCUUGAAGAUUCUCGACCUGAUGACCAACAACAUCCAAGACUGGAAUGAAGUUCUCAAACUGGGAAACCUGCAGAGGCUAGAAACAUUAAUUAUCAGUGAGAACAAGAUCAAGUCCAUAUUCUUCCCAGACUGCUCACCUACGGAAAAGACAGCCUACUUUCCCAGAUUAAAGGCCUUUAUCAUCAAAAGGAACGAGAUUUCCUGUUGGUCUUCCGUCAAUGAGCUCAACAAAUUACAGAAUCUGGAAGAGCUUCAGGUCGCAGAAAAUCCAAUUUUGAGAACGUACAAUUUGGAGACAGUAAGACAGUUGUUUGUGGCCAAGAUUGGAAACCUCAAGUUGUUUAGCAGAACUCCAAUAACAUACGAGGAGAGAAAGGGUGCAGAGAUUGAUUACCUGAAGCGAUUCGGCUCCGAGUGGAAACUAGAAGGCGGGCAUCGGGACAGUGCUAAGAACCAUCCCAGUGAUAAGUUUGUAGCCGAUCAUCCCAGAUAUCAGGCCAUUGUUGAAAAAUGGGGAGCUCCAGAAGAUUCAGAACUUGUUGAGAAAUCGACAGCACUGAAGGAGAAUCUAUUAGCCAUCAACAUAUUUAGUCCACAGUAUCCGGACAGAGGAACUCUAAGUAAGAAGUUGCCAGGUACCAUGUCUAUAGAGAAGUUGAAGACAUUGAUACAACGUUUGUACAAGGAGAGCACAGAGCCAAAGUUAAAGUAUGUCAGUCACAAGAUUGCCAAUGCACCAGAGAUAGAGCUAGACAAUGACAUGAGACAGUUGGGAUUCUUCUCUAUAGAACCAGGGGACACUAUUCUAGUCUCUUGGUGA